CGAUCGCAUGGACAGUGGCAAGGGCAUCUACCUGUAUACCCCCGAAGCCGAUGUGCUGGCGACGCCGACGCCCAAGCGGCAGACCGAGUAUACGACGCCGACGCGCGACCGCCGGGGCUCCCAAGGACUCCUCAGCGUCGUCUCGUCCAACAGCAGCAACGGUCGAAAGGCGCCACCGCCCGAGAUGUACAACUUGCGCACCAACUUCAAGACGACACCCAACCACAGCGAGGCGUCGCUCCCGGCCACGCCACCAGUGACGCUGCUCGACUUUCACGGCGACCCGAUCAUGGAAGAAGAAGACAAGUCGUCGCCACUGCACCCGACGUACGCACGCAAGACGGCCGGUCUCUCGUCGUCGCUCUGGAUCCUCAUCGCAGCCGUGAUGGGCGUCGGGCUCGGCCUCGGUCUCGGGAAGCUCGAGCCGUCGCCUGACACGCUCGCGUGGAUCGCGCUGCCUGGUGACCUCUUUGUCCGCGCCCUCAAGUGUCUGAUCGUGCCACUGGUGUUCUGCACCAUGACGGUCUCGAUCGCCGAAGUCAUCGAGCUCAAGCGCACGUCGCUGCUCACGUGGCGGACGGUCGGCAUCUUCCUCCUUACCUCGUUUCUCUCAGCGUGUCAAGGCCUCGGCGCAGCGCUCAUCUACCGGAGUCUCCUCACGGCGCGCAGUGCUGUCCAAGCCAGCGCCACAAGCACGGGGCCGGUCGUGGCCUUCCAAUGUGCGAACGGGCUCUUCCUGCAUACGUACGAGAAUGGGUCGGUCGCGUGCGCGGCGGCGACGAAUGCCACGGCCAACGAAGUGUUUACCGUUUUGGACGUCAACGGCGCGCUCAACAUUGCCCAGCCGCUGGCCGCCACGAGCUUGUCGCUGACGCAGCAAGCGAUCGCCAUCAUCGACCAAGCCGUGCCCGACAACAUCUUUCAAGCGCUGAGCCAAGGCACGCUCCUCAGUGUGAUUGCAUUCGCGGUCCCGCUCGGUGUCGCGGUCGCACGGUCGCACAACAGCAGCAUGCCGGGCCCGAACGAGCUCCUCGCGGUCUUCCGUCAAGCGCGCAACGCGCUACUGCUGCUCGUGACGGGCACACUGCGCUUUACACCGAUCGCUGUGCUCUUCCUCUUGGCAAAUGCAAUGGCUACGUACACGAAGGCGUCGUCUUCCUUUGCGUCCCACGCCGGCUACGUCGUCCUCUGCUUCUUUAGCGUCGUCGUCACGCACGUGGGCAUCGUGCUCCCACUGGUCAUGUACCUCUUGAUUCGCGUCAACCCGUAUGCGUACAUGAAGCAGCUUGUGCCGGCGUACGUCUUUGCGUUUGGCUGCUCGUCGUCGAUGGCGACGCUCCCGGUGGCCGUCACGGUCAUUCACCAGACGCGCAAGGUGACGCGGUCGACGGCGCAGCUCAUCAUGUGCCUCGGCACACCGACCAACAUGAACGCUGCCGGGCUGUACCACCCGCUCAUGGUCGUCUUCAUGGUGUACAUGGAAGGCAUGCUGAGCGAGCUCACGACGCCGAAGCUCGUGAUCCUCUUUUGCAUCAGUCUCGUCGGCUCCAUGGGCACUGCACCGGUUCCCAAUGCCGGCUUGAUCAUGCUCUUGACUGUGUGGAAGACUGUGUUUCCAACGGCGCCGCUCCCCCACUCGUUUGUCUAUGUGGUCGCAAUGGACUUUCUACUUGGCCGCAUCCGCGUCAUGGUCAACGUCAACGGCAACAUGAUGGCGACGCGCAUCUUGGCCCACGGCCUCGACGAGCACUCGACCGACGAAGAAAAUAACUAUGCGUAACCUUGUGCGCAGUCCCUGUACAGUAGAAUGUACACAUAUAUCAAUGUAUCAAUGUAGUGUAGUGAAUCGAUACGUCGUCUUGUGGAACGACGG